GUCAUUUGACUUGAUUCUCUCUCCAAAAGGAGAGCUGAAGAUUGUGCUGCUUCUCCAGAACAACAUCGUUGAGUCGUACAGCCUGAACCUGUCUGCACAAGUGCCACAGGCUGCCCGUGUGUCCAGGAUAACCACUGGAGGCCACCGCAGCGAUGUCAGGACGCUGGCCUUCAGCUCUGACAACAUUGCCAUUCUCUCUGCAGCAGCAGAGUCUGUAAAGAUCUGGAACAGGGCCACCCUGCAGUGCAUCCGCACGAUGGACUGCGAGUACGCGCUCUGCUCCCUCUUCGUCCCCGGGGACCGGCAGGUCCUCCUCGGCACCAAGACAGGGAAGCUACAGCUGUAUGAUCUGGCUUCUGGGAGUCUGAUGGAGACACUUGAUGCUCACGAUGGGGCAGUGUGGUCCAUUGCUCUUUCACCAGACCAGCGUGGCUUUGUGACAGGAGGUGCCGAUAAGUGUGUCAAGUUCUGGGAGUUUGAGCUUGUGAAGGAUGAGAGCAGUGUUCAGAAAAGGCUUUCCCUGAAACACGUGCGUGUUUUGGAGCUGGAGGAAGAUGUUCUCUGCGUGCGGUACAGCCCCAACCAGAAGCUGCUGGCUGUCUCCCUGCUGGAUUGCACCGUGAAGGUUUUCUACGUUGACACGCUCAAGUUUUUCCUCUCUCUGUAUGGACACAAGCUGCCAGUGCUGUGUAUGGACAUCUCCUAUGAUGGGACUCUAAUUGCAACUGGCUCUGCUGACAGACAUGUGAAGAUUUGGGGCUUGGACUUUGGGGACUGCCACCGCUCUCUCUUUGCCCAUGAUGACAGUGUGAUGUAUCUGCAGUUCGUGGCGAAAUCCCAUCUCUUCUUCACAGCUGGGAAGGACAGCAAGAUUAAGCAGUGGGAUGCAGAUAAAUUUGAACACAUCCAGACGCUGGAGGGGCAUCACCAGGAGGUGUGGUGUUUGGCACUCAGUCCCAGUGGGGACUACGUGGUGUCUGCCUCCCACGACAAGUCCCUGCGCCUCUGGGAAAGGACGAGGGAGCCGCUCGUUUUGGAGGAGGAGAGGGAGAUGCAACAAGAAGCUGAAUAUGAAGAGAGUGUGGCGAAGGAAGAGCAGCCCGUGGUGGCUGGAGAGACGCAAGGAGAGACGGGGCUGCCAGGGAAGAAGACGAUUGAAACCAUCAAGGCGGCUGAGCGGAUCAUGGAAGCUAUUGAGCUGUUCAGAGAAGAGACAGCAAAACUAAAGGAACAUGAGGCCAUAUGCAAGGCUGCAGGAAAAGAGGUUCCCUUUCCUGUCAAUCCCAUCCUCCGUGCCUAUGGAGAUAUCACACCUUCUGCAUAUGUGCUGGAAGUUUUCAAGAAGGUCAAAUCGAGUGAGCUGGAAGAGUCUCUUUUGGUGCUGCCCUUCUCCUAUGUCCCUGACCUGCUCAGACUCUUCAAUGAAUAUAUUAACCUGGGUUCAGAAGUUGAACUCCUGUGCCGAGCUCUCCUCUUCCUGCUCAAGAUACAUUUUGGGCAGAUCACAAGCAACCAUAUGCUGGUGACAGUGAUAGAAAAUCUGAAGAAAACCACCAUCUCCAGAGUCAGCGAGGCCCGGGAUGUGCUGGGAUUCAACAUGGCAGGGCUCCAGUACCUGAAGAGGGAGAUGGAGGCCAAGGAUGAGGUGACAUUUUUUGCUGAUGCUACUGAACGUUUUGAGGAGAAGAAGAGGAAGAGGAAAAAGAAGGAGAAGAUGAUUCUGGCAGUGCUUUAG